CACACACACACACGCUUACCCAAGCUCCUCUCCGACAGAGAGAGCGCAAAGAGGGAUAAACAGAGAGGGAGACUAGAGGAACGCAGCAGCGGCUCGUGUGUGUAUGUGUGUGUGUGUGUGUGUGUGUGUAGGUACGCUCGGUGCUAGAAACGACUGGCGGGGCGGAAUCAUGGAGGAGCUCAGGAAAAACGUUGGAAAGUGACCUAGAAGCAAAACGAAGAGAGACAGAAAGAGGGGAGAAGAAAGGAGUGUUAUAAAGCUCGGAAGGAAGGAAAGAAGGAAGGAAGGAAAGGAGUCAAGAGAGUGGAUCAGGGGUUCAUCUGGAACUCUACAAGGAUUCUCAGAGGAAUGCCCUUGGCCCGCCUGACCUGCUUGCUCCCGCUGAACCCCCAUCCAUCCUUGUCAUUUAACACCUGGGGCGGGCUCUGCCGCAACGCUCAAGCCAACCAGAAGCUGUGACGGUAAAUGACAUCAUUUAGCGGAGGAUCUUUUGGGCUGGCCCCUCAAGGAGUGAGCCCUGGGCUGGAUGGGACCUACCAUGCCCCCCAGUAAGAAGGCUCAGAGCCCCAGUAGUGGAGCCAGCGCCUCUCAGGGCAUGAGCCCGCCGUACCAACAGGGGGAUGCUGCCACAGCGGCGUCCGAGGUCGAGGCAGCCGAUCUGUCCCUCUCUCUCUCUGCCUCCUUUUCCAAGGCUGAGGACGAGGAGCUCACCAGCCUUUCCUGGCUCCACGAGAGCACCGACCUCCUAAACAGCUUCAGCCACUCUGGGCUGCGUAGCGUCUCCCCACUGCAGGACCCUGACGGACAGCAUCCCCGCUCGCCCUCAUCCUUGUCUCCCUCCCCAGACGACGCCCUGCUUGGCGAUGCACACUCAGCGUAUGACUUAACAGCAGGGGCCAACCGAAAGCCCCCAUACUCCUUCAGCUGUCUGAUCUUCAUGGCCAUUGAAGAUGCACCCAACAAACGAUUGCCGGUGAAGGAUAUCUAUGGCUGGAUUCUGGAGCACUUCCCUUACUUUGCAAGCGCCCCAACAGGCUGGAAGAACUCUGUGAGACACAAUCUGUCUCUUAACAAAUGUUUCAAGAAGGUGGAUAAAGAUCGCAGUCAGAGCAUAGGUAAAGGCUCCUUGUGGUCCAUAGAUCCUGAGUACAGGCACAACCUGAUCCAGGCUUUGAAGAAGACACCGUACCAUCCCUACUCACCCAGCCUGACCGCCCCUUCCACCUCCCCUCCAACUCUACCACCGACAUUUCACCACAGUCCUCCGCUGUGGUCGGGGAGUCCCCUCUUCAGAAAGAACAGAGUCCUCCUACAAGUUCCUCGUGGUGUGAUCCAAAAUGGCGCUUGUGUCCGGAACCAAGCCCUGUUUCCUGUCAUCAGACCCCUUCCCGUGAGCCCAAUGGGGAGCAGAACCUCCGCCUACAGAUCAACCCUUGGAGAGUAUCUAAGUUGUGGACAGGACAGCCCCUCCCGUUACUCUCCUCCACUCUGUGGCGAGGACCUCCAGGACGACCAUACCUACAGCACUGCCAAGUCUCCCAGCAGGCUAUCCUCCUCCCAGGUUGACAUCCCAACUUCCCCUCUGGACGAAGACGACGACAUCAUCGCCGUGGAGAUCCAGUCGGACGUCAAGCCCGAGCCACGGGAGAUCCCACUGGAUUCACACAUCGCCACUGCCGCUGCUGCUUAUAUCUCCCAGCAGGCCCUGCGUGGACAGAGACGCAGCUCGGGCGCGGGGGGCGGGACUCUGCCAGGCAGCAGCCUGCCCUGGACCAAAAGCCGAGCGAGGGGCAUUAGUGAUACGCUGCCGCUGAAGAAACGGCGAGCGGUGGAGAAGCCGCCGGAGAGUGAUGAUGAGGAGAUGAAGGAGGCGGCAGGGUCGUUGCUCCACCUGGCCGGGGUUCGAGCCUGCCUCAACAACAUCACAAACCGCGCCGCCAAGGGCCAGAAGGACCCCAAAGAGGCUCUAAGAAACUAAGACACACACGGAACAAACUGACACACAAAUACACAACUCGAUCAACAGGUAACGAUACAACAGCAUCAGUCUCUACAGACUCUUGUCAUCUCCCUCUAUCUAUCUGCAGGGCAUUAGGUGAAUCCUACUUAUUUGUGGCAAUAUCAAAAAUCUAUGUUUUCCUACAUGUUCAGCAACACUAACAUCGAUGGGUAUUUCUCAUGUGUCUAUGUUGUUUUCCUCGUUUGAAAAGGGGAUGAAAGCCAUAAAAAGCAUGUUUUGUCUCUAAUUUGGGCAAGCUGAAAAAAAAAAGGUCACACAGGGAGAAACGCACAGCAUGGCGACGGAGGACGGCUGUUUGUCAGUAGUUUUUUGUUUGUUUUUCCAUGUUGAAUCUGUAGCAAUCUUGCAGUGAUGCCAGCAAACACAACGGAGACCUGGCGCUCUCGAGCAUCGCUCUCCUUACCAACAACCCACGAGCACAAACGUGAGACUGUGCCAAAGAUAACGCGACCAGGUUGCUUCAUGUAGCGACAGCUGACGGGGAGAGGAAGAAGGCAAAAAUAUAUAUAAAGUUAAGAGCUAGAGAGUGUCAAAAUAAGAGUCAAAUCCAAUGUGAUGUACUUCAUGCACUUCAGAUUAUUUUACGCCACUUCUAGGGAAAAGCAUCAUGGGUAAAAACAUGGUUCAUUUCCAGAGCACUCAUAAUAUUUAAAUAUAUAAAAAUGAAAAAAAGUUAUGUUUAUCUCCAUAGAGAUGGAUAGUGUGCCGGGUUUGAGGCAAUAUCUCCUUCAUUUUGUCGUUGUUGCAUUGACGUCCUUGAGACUUCCUAAUACCUCUGUCCAUAGACACCUGGUAUAGAUAUCAGAGCUGCCGGUAGCUGCCACAACUUCCUGUUCACACACGAACUGUGGAUUCCUGUUCCUGUCUGUUUACCCUCAAUCUACCCUCAUAAAGAUAUAAGCAAUUUGUCCCGUUGUGGACAACUCUGUAAAAAGGUUAGAAAAUAUUUUAUUUUAUUUCAUUUUCUUAAUUGAAGUAAUUUGACCUGCAGGACUUUUCUCAGUUAUAGUGCAUGGGUGCUUGUAAAUAAGAUACAAAGCAAAUCUUUUUUAUUCAAAGAUCAUGUAAGAUAAACAAUGUAUUUAGCAUGAAGCAUGACUUAUUUUCAUAUAAACCUUGAUCCUAGAGGAAAAUAAAAAUAAAAAAAAUAAGAAAAAAUCAUUAAUCCGCCAAUUCUUAUACCCGUGAUUAUAAUGGAGAUAGUUUCUAUUCUUUUUUUUUUUUCCUGAGUGGGCUUUCAAAGACACGUCUUCAGGGAGGAACGAGGGCGAGCGCUCCCUGAGGGUGCCACCUCUGGGCUUUGGGUUCAGGCCAGCCAGGAGGAUCACCUCUUUAUGGCGGGGUCGGGGGUGGGCUUCUGUCUUCUGCCUGUACAGAGAUUGUUUUUUUUUAAUGUUCAGUGUUACGCCCCUGUGUUACUCCAGAACAUGUGUGUGAAUGAACACACAUCAUUUAACAUUGUGCCUGCCUCCCUAUCUGCCCUCAGCAUCUCUGAUGUCACAACAGACACGUUUACUUGUCUUUAUUUAUGAAAGUAUUGUUUCUGAUUGGUUUUCUCCAGUGUGUAAAUGUACAUGUGUCCUUACUCUCCAUAGACAUUGUUGCGUGUAAGUGUACGGAUCAGCUUGACAUGGAGAACUUCGUAUGUGCCCUGAAUGAAGCUUACAUUUUCAAAUAGAUACGAGGAAGGGGAAACACAGAAACCUGUCAAGCUAACCAGUUUGCUUCUAAUCUGCAUUCAGUAUUUUUACCUCUUUGUUUUAAAAAAUUGACUUGAAGUUGCGGAGGUCAGAUUGGAAGAGCCAAGUCUGGUCAGAGGUGGCUUGUCGUUGUUUUUUUGUUUUUUUUUUCGCUGUUCUGCAAAGUAAAACUUUGGGUGAUGCAAAUGUUGUGGAAGAAAUAAUAACGGAGAAGACCCUGGUUGUAUAAAUAAGAAUUACAGAGCAAAUGAACGAAAAAACUCAAUCGUUUUUGUUGCUCCAACCACUACAAAUGGUGGACGCUGUGGGAUUGAGACCAUUCCAUGCAGGAUUAAUCUAGAACUACUUUAACAUAAAGAAAUGUUGAAAAGGUGAUCCCUUGGAUGAGACAAGAUGAAUCCAGUAACUUUGCUGCUUUCAGAUUAGUUAUUAUAUUACCAGCCCUGCUCGAAGAAAACUGUACGCAGUCAUAGGAGAAAAAGCUACAAGACAAUAAAUAUUUAAAACCACAGAUUAGACAUAGCACCACAUAUUUCUCUUAAAGACUAAGGAUGUUUCUCAGUGUCAAGGCGCCUAGCCUUGCGAGGCGAUGUCUUGAGAGGCCAGGUGCCUUGCUUACGAGGACACGGUCCUUCCUUGGCCAAAGAAAACAGUUAAAUCAUGUGACACGGGAGGUAACGUUAUAUUUUAUAUGUAUGAGUUUCAAUAUAAAUGUACAACAAGGCUUUUACUUUUUAAAUUGUGUAUAAAUUUGUUAAAUUAAAUAUGUAAGUAAGUUACUACAUGCUAGCCACCGAAGCUGCAACUACUGAGCGACUAACCAACAAUAGAUAACUUCUUUGGAUCUAAAUAAAACAUAUUAAAUUAGCUGACUAUACUUUUAAACUUGAAAAUUGCCCCCGAAGUAGCUGCCGGGUUUUGACCCGCCAUCCUUUUGAAAAUACUGCGGUGUAUUCUGGGAAAUUUUUGACCAAGGCUACGCUAGCUAAAGGGCUAACAAAUGGAGAACGCACGCCUCGGUAGAACAUGAACAUUGGAACACAUCUUGGCAGCUCCUGAUGACGUAUCUCAUAGGCAACCGGGGCGGGGCCAAGACAUCAAGGCACGGUUCCUUAGCACUGAGAAUACCCUAAAUGAAGCCAAGUGGGUGCUCCUACUAGACCCUCUUUGUCCAAAUAAUUCCAUGAUUAACAGCCAACCACGAACACACAGAAGACACGCUUAAAGUUCAGAGUCAAAAUGGCCGAACAUCGAAUAACAUGAGACCGAGGCUAAGGCCGUACCCGGAGCUAGCAGCUAGCACUAGCUCUGACGCUCAUGCUACCCUUUCAAUCAAAUCUAAUGUCAUUUAUUUUUAACCGUUAUUUAUCCAGAUGAGUUGUUCAUAAUUUUAAGUAUUAAUUACACCUAAACAAAGCGUUAUAGUAAAAUUCACCCUCUCAGAGUUGUCAUGACUGUAAAUUAGAUCUAUUAAACCUAAAAUGCUUUUUGAACCAGGCUGUAAACAUGUUUAUUUCUGCUGUGAAGUUAUUCUUAACAUGGGAGUCAAUGAGAAUUAGCUCACUUCUGGUGCCCACCCCUUGGGGAUGAAGGUGGAACUGCAACUUUUUGUCACUCGCGGGUUCCCCUUUAUUAAAAUCACACCCUUCAAAAUGUCCAAAGUAUCCUUUCAAGCAAACAUCCUCAAAAUAUCCUGCAUUUUCUGAGCAAAGCAAUAUCAAAUCUCUCAUGGAGCUCUUUAUAAAAAGUAAAGUAAAAAAGAAGAAAAUAUCAUUUCUACAGCGCCUCUCAAGAUAAAAAUCACGAGGCGCUUCACAAAAACAAAAAAUUUAAAAAUUUAAAAAAAUUUAGAAAAUGGUUAAAAAUAUAUUUAAAAUGAGCAAAAAAUAGACAAUUGUGAUUAAAAAAAAUGUUAAGAAAGAGAGAGAGUGAAUAGGAAAGAGGGAAAUCAGUGGAUCCUGAGGAAGGUGGAAUAGGUGGGGAGAGCAGAAUAAAGACACAAAACAAAACAAAACAACAACACAUAACAAAACAUCAGUAAAGGAUUGUAGCAACCUUUUUAGAAGCUGGUGGCUAAUAGUGAAGUCAUCCUGAGACUCCUACUAGACCUCUCACUGCUGGCGUUCUGACCAAUGGAAUGAAAAAGUAACAGUAGAGUUAAAAUGAUUCUAGUGCACUAUAAGCUUAACUCAUUGUGAAAAUGUAGAAAUAAUAAUAUUAAAAAAAUCUAACGGUGGAAAUAUAACCAGAUAGUGAAUGUGCAAGCUCUAAUGUUGGUUGCUAGGCAAUGGUGAUGCUGUCCCUCAUCCACUGGAACAAUUUACAAUGCGAAAAAUAGAAUGGUGGUUGUGGAAGAUUAAAAAAAACUAGAUUUCAUGGUUUCUAUUUCAUUUUAUUGAAAUAAAAUGGAAACAAAAGAUGUACAUAAACAGGACAUUUGGGAAGCAGAUGCAACAUCAGAUCCAUGUGACUAAAGUUAUUACACCUUGUGAGUGCUAGUGUUCUAGUUGAUCUUGUUAUCCGCGUUACAAAUGUCAACUUUUGUCCAAAUCUGUGAGGAUUAAAGAAGAAAAAGUCAGAAUUUGAUCAACACGGGCCUGUGUCUGAAUAUCUGGUUGAAAAUCAUCUUAAAAUUCCACAUUUGGUUUUCAAAAUCCUCCGACCAAUUCUCAAGCAUUUUUAAACAUAUCAGAAUAUCUACCCCGUGUUUAGGAAAUGGUUUUAAGUAUAACAGUAAACAUGCCAUAUGUAGUCAAAAGUCUAAAAUCAUUGUAGACCAGCUCAGUUCCUGCUCACAGACCUCACUCGUCCAUGCUUUCCUUUCUGUAUUCAUCCAGAUACAUAAUUCAGAUAAUUCAGUACUUUAAAAUGCCACACAUAAACCCUGGUGAAGUUAGCUAAGCAGUAGCGUGUUUGUCUUUAGGACUUGCUGAGAGGAAGGAAAAUGUUGUCUCACUGAGGGAUUAUCUGCUCAUAUGAGGAGUCGUGUACGGCCCCUCGUAUGCUCAACAUGUCUUUAUAUUCAGUUUGUAAAAUUCAAAAACAUUGGGUCUUCUUGUAUCUUUGUCACUUCGACCACAACAAACGGUGACAGAUUGAGACAUGUCUGCCGUAAUCCGGUCGGUUUGUGUUUCAGCCUUCGUCAGUCAGAUAUAAAACAGCUGAUGCAGCAGUUUGGCCUUCAGAAACAUCUAUAUUCUAUUUAUUUGCACAUAUUGAAGAUGGUACUAAAUUAAAAAUGUCCAUUUCUGAUGGGGAUGCAUAAAAGUGUUCAUUUCCUCUCAUCUGCAGAGACCCAGCAAAGUUAAAAAGCUUUUCAGGCUCAGACGUCAGCUGAGGUCCGUAGCAGCAGAAACGGAUGGGGGGCUUUGUUUGAGCUGAACAGGCGCUGAGCGAUUAUCAGCGAGCCGAGCAGGAUAAACAAACACAUGUCCCCAUCGCCACCUGUAGCAUGCGUCACCCGUUGCAUUCUGAAACGCGUCCACGCCUGCCGACGUAUGGAAGACGUUGUUAGCGCUGGACGUGUGCUACCCGUCUCCCAUCUGUCUGAGUAAAAACCGCCACCCGGGUCGAGCACUCUGCUGCGUUUCAUGUAAGAGUCCACGAGCUGACAACUAACGUGUUCACUUGUCCGGGGAGAGAAUGUGGUUUCAGCAGCCAUCUUUCUUUUUCAUGUGACUCAUUAUGUGGCAUGUGGUGAAGAUGAAUUCCUGCCCGGGUCGUUGUAAGGGUUUGAACCAAACACACCUGCAAAGAAAUAUGUCAGAUUAAUAAAAUAAAUGCCACUGCCUGAAAAUACCCUAAGAAGGUGUUCUUUUUAAACCUGCCUAACACAGUACGAUAAAAUAAAGCAUUGCAAAUAUUCUAACUUUUUUUUUAUUAUUAUUAUUGCCAAAUAUUUAAGUCUUUUUUACACCUGUGCCACUAUUUUUGGUAACGGUCUGAAAAUUGGAAAGCCAUAGGUUAGAGAUGUCAAAAAGCAAAGCUGUCAUUGAUCUGUGAAUCGUGAUGCAGAGUACACCCUGGUGUUAUCCUUGUUUUGUUUCUUUUUCCAUUUGUUUCUUCUGGGUUUUUUUUCCAACAAGUUUUCUCCUUAUCGUGCAAUCAUGCUGCCAAAGAAUGAUUUCAAGACCUAUUUCAUCACUACAUGUAAAUAUCAACAUUGUCCAAUACCGUGGCAAAAAAAAAGAUAUAUAAAUGUUGUUUUAUUUUGUUUUCCGUUUUCUGAGAAACUACAAUGAUGUUUAUGUGAUGUAUUGUCUUCCAGUUGGUUGCAAUAAUAAAAAAAUACAAGUUGCAGAGGAGAA